AUGGGUGAUAAUGACCAAAUACUUGGUUAUUCUACUAAAAGAUCAUUACAAAAGUUACGUGAUGAUAUAAAUAAUGUAAUCAAAGAACAUAAACAGAAGAAUCCUCUCAGGUUAGAUGUUAUACGUAACAUUAUAUCUUUUUCAUCAGAAAAAGUACUUCUAUCGGGUGUAGCAUACACAGUUACAAUUAUAAAUAUUAUUUGCUUGAUCCUAACAUAUUUAAUAGAUGGCACGGUGUUGGCUCAAGGCUACUUACUAUGGGAAGCAUUGUUCCUAUUUUUUAUAUUAAUUGUAAACUUUUUGGUUGCAUUAAAUGAGGAAUACUUACAUAGAAAUGAAAUACCUCACAGAGUAGCAAAAGUACUUGAAACAUUAAAUGAAGCAAUUCAACAAUGCCUUUGGAAAAAUGAAUACUACCCUCAUUUGUGUGCUCCCUUUUCACCAUGUGUUAUUCUACAGUGGACAUAUCGAGAUGGCACUAUUGUGAAUCUGCCAUGGGCACUGUUAGUGGAAGGUGAUGUUAUAGUGUUAAGACCAGGGCAGGAAGUGCCUGGACACUGUCAAGGACUAAAUUCAGAUGACCCAGAGCUCUUUUUUGGACAAAUAUUCACACCAGCAUCACAGGUUAAAGAUAACUCAAGUGUACCAAGAUCUCGUGUGCCACACCAGAAUAAAGCAUAUCGAAUGCUGGAGACUCCAUACUUAAAGAAUCUGAAGCUAGCUCUAGAACAAGCCACUAUUCGACCAGUCACAGUCUUUGAGAAACAGAGAUAUUUGUGCACAGUGAAAGUUAUGGAGGGGAUAGUACUACCAUUAGUUAUUCUGUUGAUGGUAGUGGCUAGUUUGUUUCGCCAUAUUUAUCACUUACCGGGCGUUACACAUUGGACAGAAAUAUAUUUCAUACAAACAAUUGCCGCAUCGCUUCCACUACUGCAAAUAAUUUUUCCAAUCGCAUGGGUCACGCUGAACUGUUAUGGACUGGCAAGAUUCAAAUCAAUAUCCGAGGUCCGUCAAAAGUAUGUACGCCCAAAGUCCUGUUCCAUAUCUGAGGAUGCCAGUGACCCAUUGAUACAGGCACUCAGUGAAACGACGCUACACCCGCGAGGAAUUCGGACAUUCGGAAAGACUUUUUUUAAUAUUCUCCUAGGCAGAGAAGAUAUGGUCACCCGUACCUCUAACAUUGUUCACGUUUUAGGAUCCUUAUCGGCGUUAUGCUGUGUAGAUAAAAAAGGAAUUCUUUCCUGGCCUAACCCGACUGCGGAGAAAGUUUUUUUUCUUCGCAAUUCAAGCCCGACGUCGAACAAUUCGAGUAAAACUAGUUUAGUGGGUUCCAUGGGUCAUCAUAGUGAUACAACAUUGGACCAACUAGGAGAGAAAAACACGCCGGAACCUUCAACGAUAGUUGAGGUUCUAGACCUGACACAUGACCAAAAUGCGCCAUUUCGCGUAGAAUUUGACGAACAACGUUGGCGUCAACACAUAAGUCGCCUAAAGCCGUUGGGAUUGGCCGCCUUGCUUAACACGUGCGCGCCCGCUCAUACGCACACGUACGCGCACUUUUGCGCACAUUUGACGUGCGAGGCACAGUAUAGUGAAGACUUGGUACCUGUUACCAAUCGUCGUUGUCUUUGUGAACUCGCGAAGCAAAUAGGUUUCACUGACGUCGUGGCAGAUGCUUAUACCACGCAGGAAUGUUUAGCUGUCUUUAGAAAUCUUCAAGCAGACACAAUAAGGCGCGAAACACGUUUCGUCCGCUCUUUACAUUUGAAUACGCGUGUGAAGGUGCCUUUACCUCAUAUGCUGGCUGUCAUUGUCAAGGACCAAGCACAUCAGUUGCAAAUGUUGACACAGGGCACAGCAGAUAUAGUAUUAGACUCGUGUGUGGACUACUGGAAUGGAAAAGACUUGACGCCCAUAUCUCCUUCAGAUAGGAAGAAAAUUAUCGAUUUUUAUCAGAGAAAUUCACUCACUGCAUAUUGUACUGCAUUUGCUUAUAAACCACUGACCCGUAGCAUAACCCCUACCUUAGCUCAAACCUACCUAGAGCUACCAGCGGAUAGCCGACAACUGUACGCCCCACAUUCACAACAAUGGGCGGAUGCGCCCGCGCUGCAUUUUCACUCUACUGAUUCACUACUGUUCAACGAAGUGACAGAUGACGAUGUAACUGACGUUGACGGAUUCUUUGAUUUGCAGUGUAAUCAGGUAUUCAUAGGUAUGGUAACGAUGCAGUACCAGGCGCAAAGCGAUAUGGUGGAGUUGAUUGAGAGACUCGAACGAGCGUGUAUACGCUUUGUACAUUUCAGUAAAGAGAACGAAUUGAGAUCUCGAGUUUUCAGUGAGAAAAUGGGACUGGAGUCUGGUUGGAACUGCCACAUAUCGCUCAUGAGCCAACCGCAGCAGAGCAAGCCGAGUUCGCCUUUGUCGUCACAAACGUUGAUCCGCGAGCGACCUAACACCGCUACGCAACUCACUAGGCCCGAUACGGGUGACGUCUUUCCUUAUAGCGGUAACAUGACAUCCUCCAAAGCCUUGUCGAUGUCAGCUCCGGGUGCUAUUAAUCUGGAACAUGGCACGGUCAAAUUUGAUAAUGAGAUUAAGAAGAAUCGACACUCUAUAACAACACAGACGGCGCUUAAGCAUCUAGAGCGCAACAGUAUACCGGGCGGGAGGUCGGACUCAGUGCUGGAGGGCGAAGGCACCGAGUCCCCGGGUGACGCCUGUCGCUCCCUGUCCUGUCUUACAGACUCCACUGACCAUUCCGCACCGCUGCAUUUCGAUAUGAGCAAUCGGGCGAAAUUACCUCGGGGUAUAGAGAAUAUUCGACCCCAUAUAGAACAAGUUGACAAUGUACCACUAUUGGUUUCACUAUUCACAGACUGCACACCGCGCUCUGUGCAAACAAUGAUACAGAUUAUGCAGGAUUACGGUGAAGUGGUUUGCGUGAUGGGUUCAGCUGCGAAUUGCCUUAACAUGGAAAUAUUUAUGCAGGCAGAUGCCAGUGUGGCUGUUGAACCGUUAUACCCAGUGUUGUGUCAAAAACUGCCCCCAUACAAAUUACCUCAGGACUGUAUCGGACCUAUAGACCUUGCACGGGCACUCAACUCGCUACCCUGCUCCUUAUCGAUGGCGCGCGAGACGGACGUGUCGCUAUUCACUCUCAUCACAAUGUCGCGUCAUUUCACAGCGUGUCUCUGGAAUUGUACGCAAUUUUGGAUCUGCAGCGCCUGCUUCAUAUCGCUCUUACAGGUAGCAUCUCUAUACGCCUUCCUUCCCCUGGCCCUGACCCCUGGAGGGGCCUUAUGGAGCAGCGCGGCGAGUGUUCCCUUACUAGCGACGGCACUAGCAUUCACCCCAACACACAGACAUGUGAUGCAAAGGGCUGCCACACGUCCGCCUCUUGACUUUAGCGCUAAGAUGGCGCUCUUCGUGUUUUGGUGCUACGCGUGCAAAUUCCUACCCUCAGUGAUAUCCAUCCUUGCUUUGUAUGGAUUUACGUUACGUAGUUUUUGCGAGCAAAUCGCGGAAGCAACAAACGCGACAGACUGUUGGCUCGUAUAUCCGAUAAAUACAGGAAAUUACACUAUCGAACACGAUUUGACUCUGCGAAGUUGGCACGGUUGGGGCGAUAUUUUCUAUGAUGGAUUUUAUCUGGUACAACAUAUCACAUUGGCCCUGGUCACUUUGCAUUUAAUUGUAAUAUCUCUAUCGUUCGUUCACCGACAUUCAUCUUUAUGGCGGAGAGGGUUUUGGUCGAAUCGCGUUUGGUGCUUGGCUGUUGUGGUUUUAAUAAUCCUUCAAUCUAUAUUCAGCGGCGUAAUGCUGUCAGGUAGUGAGUACGGAUGCGGUGCAUGGUCAUGCCCGCACUACCAGGUUCCGAACUCGUUGUUGGCCGCGUACGCACUGUCGCCCGUAUUCGUGCUCGGACUUAAUGAACUUAUCAAAUUUUUUGAGAUACAGGUUGAUGAGAGAAAUCAACGCCGUGCAAGAUUAGAUUUCGGUACUAAAUUGGGAAUGAAUUCACCUUUCUAA